GUGACGAGCAACACAGCUGCGUUCAUGGCCUGCCAUGCACUUUCGCAGCGCGGGAAGUGGGCGCGGAGGACGCAGGGUUGAAUAAGGGCAGUACAAGGCUUGUAGUUGGUUGCAGCGUGUUUUUGGAAGAAAGUCGGGAUGGAGAGGCCACUGAUGUGGCUUCUUGGCGUGAUACUUGCCAGCCUGCUAAGAGGGCCACUAGCAGCCGGAGGCAUCACCGAAGACGAGCGGCUUCUGGUUUCUGAUGGCGCGUGGCACCGGAACCAGCGCAAGUCGGUGUCCAUCGAAUCCUCUUGCUACUACACGACCAUGGAGGCCAUGCCCUACGGAUGCCAGUAUGCACGAGCACAUUUCCCGUCCUACCAGAAUGAGUACCAGAGAAAAUCCGAGAAAGCCGCUUUGAUGGAGUUCUACAACUUGUGUGGAGGCGACUUCUGGCGCUCCCGUGACAACUGGAAUCAGGAUUUGGACCCCUGCUGGGACUACUGGUAUGGAGUCACCUGCAACGAGCAUGGCUACGUCAUCAAGCUUGAACUCUCGGACAACAGAGUGCGCGGCAUGCUGCCGUCCACCAUGGGUGCUUUGACCUCCUUGAUCAAGCUCGACUUGUCGUCCACGGAGUCAGAUUACCACUUGCAUCCGAACGAGGAGAUGAAUCGAGUUGAAGGGGUGAUGCCUUCCCUUGCCAUGUGCUUUCAGCUCGAGGAGAUCGAGGUCUCGGGGAACCUGAUCCUGCGCUUGCCUGACGACUUGUACUUGAAUGCAGACACGCUGCGUUCGCUCAGUGCCAGCCGAAAUCUUCUGAAGAAUCUGCCAAUCUACUUGAGCCGCUACCAGCUGCUGCACACACUGGAGCUGGACAACAAUCGGAUUGAGGAUGAGUUUCCAGCGGAGUUUGGCAGAUUGCAGAACAUUCGGUUUGUCCACUUGCAGUACAACCGGCUCAUUGGCAGCAUAACUCGGGACAUCGUGCCCAUGAAUAAGAUUCGGGUGUUUGAUGUCUCUCACAAUCCCGGGCUGAGUGGCGUCAUUCCUGAGCAGAUCAUCGUCGACUGGGCCUAUGUGGACUACCUGGCCAUCCUCAACACCUCAAUUGCAGGCUAUAUCUCCAGCCUUUGUCUGGAUGUUCCGUUUUGCUGGAAGUUCAUGUACGACACGCACAAGGAUUUGACUUGGGCAACAGUGUCAGACGUUCCUGACAUUGUCGGAAUGACUGUAGAGCUCGCGCAGACACAGUUGUUCGCUGAGAGUGGAAUGCGGUGAACUGAGCGGGCUUGAGUGCAAGCCUCAUUGCUCAGCUCUAGUGCUGGUCUUGUCAAAGCAAUGCCAUAGGCAUGCAGGCAGUUUUGCCUUUGCUGUACAUAGUCCUAUUGAAUCCAGUUGAGCUACCAUUCUGAUGCUGCGAUCGUCAUGAGAGCGAGAACUCAGCUGGAAGUGUGCCGGU